CACUUCUUUGCCGGUGGAAAAGGCUUGUAAACCGGAACGACACAAGAGCGGUGUUUCUAUAAGCGGUGACCCAUGGGGGUUGGAAAUAAUUGUUUUGCAAACGUUUUUGAAAAUGACGAGAUCAAUCUGUUGUACAAGAAACAAAAUGUAUAAAAGGCAGGAGCCGGUGUUGACGGAACUUUCCCUUCAAGGCUUCCUCAUACAAGUUACCUUCAACGACACGACCUUCUCGAUAUGCAAAUUAAGCUUCUCUCCCUCGCCUUGGUGGCUUCCGCUGCAGUCGUUAGCGCUGCCGCUAUCGAGAGCCGCGAGCUCAUCAACAUUGCGCCCAAGUGCACGAAGCGCGCCUUGGAUUUCCACGACUGCAACGUCGCUUUGCUGACGCUAAAGUCCGAUAACGGCCGUACUCUUACUGGCAAAGUCAACCAGCUACUCACCUCCGCCGGCAAGACCCUUUCUUCGACCUCCGGCAAAUGCAAGGUAACCGUUACCGCCGUAGGUGGCGGUGAAUCCAUCGCUAUCUCCAAGGGACGCAUCGAGAAGCUCUUGAAGAGCGUCAUCAACAAAUGUGGAGCCGGCCAGUCCGGUAUCGUCACCGGCGAAGGUGGCUCUGACAUCAGGGGAGUUCACAACCAGGGAAGCAUCCAGUUGGAACUCAGCAAGCCUAGUGGCGGCAGCCCCAAGCCCCCCAAGACCGCUGCGCCCAAGCCGACCACGACCGUUGCGCCCCCGCAGCCCACCUCUGCCCCCACCAACCCUCCCUCCGGCGGUCCUCUGAACACCGGCGUCGUCUUCCCCGAGGCCAAGGGCUCCGUCACCUUCAACGCGCCCCACAUCGUCCCCGCCGGCACUGUCUUUGACGGAGGAUACAAGCGUUUCGGCCGCGGUGUCAAAUGCACUGGCCAAGCGGAAGGCGGCAACAAGGAUGCCGUUUUCCAGGUAGAGGACGGCGCCACUCUGCAAAACGUGUUGAUCGGAGCGGAUCAGAUCGAAGGUGUUCACUGCAUGGGAUCAUGCAAGAUCAUCAACGUCUACUGGGAGGCCGUCUGCGAGGAUGCCUUGACGUUCAAGGGUGACGGCGACGCUCAAGUUAUUGGAGGAGGCGCGCGCGACGCCGCGGACAAAGUGAUGCAACACAACGGAAUCGGCAACAUCCACGUCGAAGGGUUCGCCGCGGAGAACUUCGGAAAGCUAUACCGCUCUUGCGGAAACUGCAAGAAGCAGGGCAAGCGUACCAUCUCGAUGAACAACGUCGUCGCCAUCGGCGGAAAGGUUCUCGCUGGUGUCAAUGCCAACUUUGGUGAUGUCGCUACCAUCCAGACGAUCGCCGUCUCCGACGUGAAGAGUCUCUGCACCCCGUUCGAGGGCAACGAUAGCGGCGACGAGCCCGGCAAGCUUGACCCGGCGAGCCCCGCUGCCAAGCGCGCCUGCGGCUCCCUCGCCUCGGCAAAGAUUGAGCACAUCUAAAUCUGAAAGGCGUAUACGUACCGAGGAUGUAGAAAGUGUAUAUACCUUUUGAGAUGCCCAGUAAAUAUAUAGAAAGACAAUCUGGACACCAGUCAUAGAAUGUAAACAGAGUCUGGCAUGUAGAUAGAGCAUAAACGAAUACAUCGUAUUGCGGCCAUUGAAUGCUCUGCUGAUUGAAAGUAAUAGAACUCUGUGGAGAAGCUUUUCCAUUGCGAUUUGAAAAUCCGACUACUUAUUUGAUCCCUAUCCUACGCUUUUCCAUACGCUGGACGUUUUCCGACCUCCAAGCCGCGCACACAGCCCGAGUAUGCCCGCUCCUUUUCCGGUCUCUAGUUUCUUUUCCCCAUAUGCACCUUUGAGAUCUCUCGCAAUUUCCGCUUCCCUUUCAAGCAGUAUGCCCGUCUGUCGUUUUCGG